AUGAAGCUCGCCACCCUGCUGGUCAUCCUGGCCCUCGCGGCUGUCGCCGAGGCGAGCCCCCUCCGCGGCGCCAGGUCCUUGUUGACAGGCGAGAAGGAGAAGGCGCCCAUGUACUGCACGAAGGACGGCGACGAGUGCCCCGAGUACUACGACUGCGAGGCGCUGGACGAGCCCGUCUGCACCAACAAGAGAGUCUGCGACAAGGACCAGUACGGCAAGGAGAAGUGCGCCUAUGUGAAAGAAUGCUUUGCCCAUCAGUGCCUCGAGGCCCCAAGGUACUGCGACCCCUACGCCAAGUACGACGAGUGCGAGAAGGAGUACGGCUACGAGUGGGAGUGCGUCAAGCUGGACAAGAAGGUGUGCACCUACAAGGACGAGUGCAAGCAGGUGAAGACGGACGAGUGCAGGGAAUACGGCUAUAACAACAAAUGCACCAACUCGCGGGGCAAGUGCAAGGCCUACAGGCAGAAUAAGGUCUGCGAGACGAAAGACGAGUGCGUGGAGUACAAGAAGGAGAAGAAGUGCGAGCGGAAGAAGUACUGCAAAGUCUUCGCCGACAAAAAGGUGUGCAAGCCCAACGGCGAGUGCGCGAAGUACGACGCCUACGGCAAGUGCACGGAGUACGGCGAGGACUGCGAGGUGAUCAAGAGCGGCUGCCAGGAAUACGCCUACUACCAGGGGGACUGCAAGUACGUGCCCACGGACGUGUGCGCCAAGUACGAGACCAAGGAGGUGGACUGCAAGUACGUGAACGCCGAGUGCAAGGAGUACGAGCAGGUGAAGAAGUGCGUCAAGGUGAAGGGGCCGUGCAAGUUGUACAAGUACGAGGAGGUUUGCUCGCAGGUGGAGGACGUGUGCUGGACUGGCAAGUGCGACAAGAAGCCACCGCCGCCGCUGCCCGUCAAGCCCUCGACCAAGCCCGCUCCUAAGCCCUAUCUCCAGCGGGGCUAA